AUGUCAACACCUGCUCGCCGCUCGGGACGUCAGCGUAAAGUCAACCCCAAAUAUUCCAAUGAUGCAUGGGAUAAAGAAACCAUACGUAUCCUUCGCGCCUCAUCCGAAUCAUCCGGUUCUAGUCCUCCCGUUCAUUCAGCUUCAGAUGAAGGCCGUGAUGAGCAGCUUGUUCAGCAAGGUGCGCAUGCUCUAGGAUCAGACGACGAGGCCUUCUCUAUGCGGUCUGCGGAGUCACAAUCCCCUGAGGUCGAAUUUCCCAACACCGACGAGGACGAGUACGAUGGUAACAUAAAAUUUGCGGCUAACCAAACCCCUGCAAGCCCGCAGCCCGCCCUCACGUCUCGUCUGCCGAUAUCGACAGAUCUCAGCAGUACCGUACAUUGUCGCGGUGUUACUAGCGACACAUUCAAGUCAGGUUCAAAGGAAGUCAUAUACCAUGACACUUUUGGCCCUGCUGUCGAUGAUCUUGGCGAUGUCCUUCGAGCCCGAGAUAUAUGGCUCAAAGGACGGGAUAUUACUAUUCCCAGUCGACGGACUCUGUCGGAGGCUGCGUUACCAAGAUCAAAUGAAACAGUGCCUGAUACCAGAGAACCGAUCUUCCGUUCAUUGUCUGAUAGGCAGCUACUAGAGCACAUCAAAGGCGGCUCUGCCCAAAUCAAGUGCUUGAUUAACCAGAAAUUACCCCAUUUGACCUUCAUGGGUCCAUAUGGAAAGGAGCAAAAAUUCAAAAUUGGACAGGGCCAUUCCCUAAAUUUUGGCAAGGCUUGGAUGAAAGGGAGCGAAUCCAAUGGAGAAUCUCUGACUUCCUACCACAGAGGCUGGAUUCUUAAUCUUGGCCAGAACGUACAAAGUAUUUCCUGGGCCCCCACAGCUACAGCAGCGCAAUACCUUGCUGUGACCUGUCGAUGUACAUCGGUUCAACGAGAAACCACAGUAGAACAGACAUUUGGCGCGCCCUCAUUCCAGCCAUCUCCUCCGUAUCCCUCCAAUAUUCAGAUAUGGAAGUUUGCAACCAAGGAAACUCGUUUCUCUUCCGUGCGUACACUCAACAUGCACCUUCAACCCCAACUUGUCAUGGUCAUUGCAACUGAAUGGGGCAAUCUCCACCAGCUACGUUGGCAACCAUCUGAGAGUGCCACGGACGUGCACCAGAAGGACGACGGGUCUGAGAGCGAGUUCCGUGGUGUUCUUGGCGUACUCUCAAGUGAUGGCCAUGCCAGAUUACUCGCCAUAUCCAUUCCAGACGAAGUAGACGAUGCUCAACCCCCGGUGUUUCGACCACAACGAGUUGGCUACGAUAUAGCUCCUCCUCCAGGGACAAUAUUUACUACAUUUGCGUUUGCUACGCCGACUGAUAUUGCCUUCGGCUGCACCGAUGGAUCCCUUCACCUCUUCGACCUGAGUGAAUCAAUCGCCGAGAAUACGUCUCCCAUGAGUUACAUGACAUGUUUAUUGCAUAACACAUAUGUCAUUGCAGUGACGCCAGCCUCGCCAAUCCAGCUCUCUCACUUUAUUUGCAGUGUUUCUGCCGCCGGCGACUUAGUUCUGGUCGAUCUACGCAGCCCGGAGCAAGACCAUAUCUCGAUCCAUCGGGCAUGCUUUCCGAACCGAGACCUCGUCUAUUCUCCGUUCACUCGCUCCUUCAUCACUGCUCUCGACAGAGCUGGAAGUACACAUAUUGAUUCCAGCUCAGCGACAUUCAUCAUGUGCCACCAUCUCCGACACUUUUACGUCAGUCUUCGAAUUGCGAAGCUGCCGGAAUACAGCGGAACGGCCACGGCAUUGGCCGCGUCGCAGUGGCAUCCCUGUAUUCUAGCGGGGAAUGCACAGGGCACUGUUGUGGCGACAAAUUUCCUGCGCAAAGUCCUCCCGCAAUCGCGCAGCGAUUCGGCAAAAGCCAAACCAACCGGGGCAUAUAUCCAGAAAAUAUGUGAGUACGAAUGGCGCCCGCUAGACAGAAACGAGCUUCGAGAGGCUGGAGUGGAGAAUUUGGAAAUGAAAAUAGAGUCCAAUGGCUCGCCCGGGAGUCUCUAUCACGGCCACGACGUGCGAGCUGGUGCAUCAAAGUUCAGUGAAGGAUUCAGCCCGGAAAAGAUAGAUGUUGGACAUGCAACUGCAACGAAGAAGAAGGCUAAGACGCAGGAAUUGGGAGCCGCCGAAGCGAUCUUUGAGGAGGAACAAGCUGUCAGGUCGAUUGAAUGGAAUGUUAAUGCACACUGUGCGGGUCUUGCUGCCAUCGGGUGGGGCAGUGGAAUAUUAAGGAUCCAAGACCUCGCUCACGAUUUGGAUUGA